UUGUUCCAAAACGCUUGGCUUUGUGAGUUAAUUUUGAUAGAGACAAAUUUACAUCGAUGGAUAAUACGUUUUGCGAAGACGGUUAUGAAGUGAAGUUUUACGAAGAUGAGUUGCCCUCAUUCGAUUCCACUGAUGGAAUCAAAGCUUUCUUCAAGAAACGAAAAGCCAAGAAAACCGAAGCUGCUCGCUUGAGGCAGAAACAACAAAUGGGCGCAGCAUUUGGCGAAACGACUUUUGACUGUGAAGCCUUUAGAUCGAUCACUGGAACGUUUUAUAGCAAAGAAUCGAGUUGCAAAAAUGCAUUUGGUUUUCCGUCCUUGUUCCAUGAAGAGCGUGUUGAACGUUUUCAUGAAGACGUUUUGAACGCCAACCUGACUGAACAUGGUGAUUUAAUAAAGAAAUUGUUAACUGAUAUAGAAACUUCACUUCCGAGGUUCCGAGAUACAGAUGAAAUUAAACAGCAAUUCAUCGAUGAAUUGCAUUACCAGCAAAUUUCCCUAAACGAUAUUGGCGAUCUUAAUUUGAACACGAUGGUCAAACUGAAUGCCAUCAGUCAAAAUAUGAACUGGAAUAAGUUCUUCUCGGAAGCGUACAUCGGCCUUUAUCAAUGCAUCUGGAUUCUACAAAAGGACGAGAAUCUUUCCCAAUCUUCAGUAAGAUUGAUAGGCACGUUGAAGAACGUCGUAGCAAUUAUACGUCAUGGAAUGUUGGAGCUGGGCUUUGUAGUCGUGGAUGAAGAAAAGGAAAGGAAAAAAUACAAACAGAUGACAUUGAAUAAACUUGAAAGCUGGACGGACGAGUAUUUGCAUGGAUGUGUGAAUCGUCAUAUAUGUAGGGAUUACCGUUUUAUGAAGAUAUUCCUUGUUUUGAUCAUGGAUUACCAGAUCGUGUCCGAAAUCCAGUCCGCCAUUGACAGUUUUGCUUACAAAAUUCACGCUCUGCAGGAUAUGGUAAUUGUCAGGCAUUCACAUCACGCCAUGUUCUCAAGCAACUACUGCAAUGGCCUUUUUGACUUCUCAGGGUUCGCUUAGAGAACGAUAUGGUGAAAUGUUUUAUUGUUCUAGUUAUGAUUAGGAGAACUAUUUUCGUUUCCGUGUUGUUAGAUCAGAAAUAUUGUUAUAAAACGUUCCAACAAAUUAGCUGUUUAGUCAGAGAAAACCCAUUAAAUAGUAAGUAGCCAAUGGACGCAUCGACACUUAGGAACUAUGGAUGUAUCAACUCCUCGAUACUUCCUGCACGUCUUGAAAGUGUUCCGAAGUUAAUGGAGCCGAUCUAUUUAUAGACCUAUGGAAAAGUGAAAGCUCAUGAAAAUGAUUUAUGUUACAAGGAUAAUCCAAUCAACUGAGAUGAUCUGAUUAAGGAUCAUUGAUAUCAUACAGAACGCUUUCUCCUCGGCCUCAUUACUAGGUUAUUUUUUAGUGUAUAUUUAGUUUUGACCAUUUUCCAAAGUUUAUUUUUUAAUUGUAACAUAUGUACAAAUGAUUUGCGAUUUUUUCUCCUCUCUAAAUCAAAGUUUUAUUAUAUUUUACAGUUUCUGUAAAUAUUUUUAUUUCAAUCUGUGAAUAGUGGAAGUGCUCUUUUGUAGUUAUGAAAGGAAUUAAAAAUGUUUUAAAUUUUUA